AUGUCUAAUCAAACCAUACUUCCAACAAAAUACGAUGAAUUGAUAAGUAUCUACAAAUAUCAUAUCAAUAUAUAUAAUGCAUUGUAUCGGCUGAAAACCGGAAAUAAUGAAGAACUUAACUCAAUUUACAAAUUAAUCAAAAUAGAAUUAAUUGAAACAAGGAAAUAUCCUCCUCCAAAGAUUAUAAAGGAUAUUUUAGAUAUUAUUCCAUAUAAAAACCGUUAUGCUAAAUUCUAUUUAGAACUUGCAAAAAUCAUAUCUACUGAUUAUGAUGUCACAAAAGUCAACAGUAUUUCACUUAUUUCAAACUUCCUAUUUUACAACGAAUAUAGAAUUAAUUUAGACAAAACUCAAGAUUUCGUAAAUAUGAGAUUAAUUAAUCUAGAUAUUCAUAAAGAAGAUCCGAUUUUCAGGGCGAUUAUGAAUAAUGACUUCAAUGAAUUUAUUUCAAUCACGGGAAGUGAACAUUUUGAUGAUCUACAAAAACUUGAAAGUGAUCUAUAUCCAGGUGAUUUCAAAGAAUAUUCAUUACUUGAAUUAUGUUGUUACCAUGGAGCAGUUGAUUGUUUCAAAAUAUUAAGAACGAAAUUUGAAUCAAAAAUAACCCCAUUAUGUCUAAUUCUUUCAUUUUUAGGUGGAAAUUCAGAGAUCAUGAGUGAAUGUUUGAAAGAUCAAAAACCAGACAAAGAAUGUAUGAAAUAUGCAAUUAUUUCACAUAACAUUGAUUUCGUAACAUUUUUAAUGAAUGAGUAUCAUGUUGAGAUCAAUUUGAUUGAAUGCGGAUUGUAUAAUAAUCUUGAUUCAUUUUUAGUUUAUUUCGACCAAACAAAUGAUAUUAACAGCGUUUUUGUUCGUUCAGCAAUGUUUGAAAUUCCAUCUCUUUGCAGAUAUUUCCUAUCACUCGGUUCUGAUAUCAAUACAAAAGAUAAAAAUGGAGUUCUGGCUCUUAAUGUUGCAGCAGGAUGUACUUGUAACGAAAUGGUGGAACUCUUAAUUUCACUUGGCGCAAAUAUCAAUGGAAAAGAUAAAAAUGGAAGAACUGCUCUUUAUAUUGCAAUAUUUGAAAAUAACAAAGAAAUAGUUGAGACUUUUCUUUCGCAUGGGGCCAAUAUCAAUGAAAAAGAUGAACAAGGAAAAACUUAUCUUCAUACUGCAGCAAUAAAAGGUAGUAAAAAAGCCGCCGAACUUCUUCUUUCGCAUGGUGCAAAUAUCAAUGAAAAAGAUAAAUAUGGAAGUUCAGCUCUCUUUUAUGCAAUAUUAAAUAAUAAAAAAGAAGUAGCUGAGCUUCUUCUUUCGCAUGGUGCAAAUAUCAAUGAAAAAGAUAAAUAUGGAAGUUCAGCUCUCUUUUAUGCAAUAUUAAAUAAUAAAAAAGAAGUAGCUGAGCUUCUUCUUUCACAUGGUGCAAAUAUCAAUGGAAAAAAUAAAUACGGAAUGUCAUGUCUUGGUCAUGCAAUAUUUGAAAAUAAAAAAGAAAUUGUUGAAUUCCUUAUUUUACAUGGUGCAGAUAUUAACGAAAAAUUUUCUAUUGGACUAACUGCUCUUAAUUUUGCAGCGAAUAAUAAUUGUAAAGAUGUAGUUGAACUUUUGCUUUCAUAUGGCAUAGAUAUCAAUGAAAAAGAUGAUCAUGGAAAAACAGCUCUUCAUUAUGCAGCAGGUCAUAAAAAUAGUAACGAAACAAACGAACCUCUUCUUUUACAUGGUGCAAAUAUUAAUGAAAAAGAUGAAUUUGGACAAACAGCUCUACAUUGUGCUUCAGAAGCUAAUAAUCUGGCAAUAGUUAGGUUUCUUCUUUCACAUGGUGCAAAUAUAAAUGA